CGAACAGUCCAUAGAGCACGGAAGGAACUGGAUUUCUUAGGUGUAUCUGUCUGUCAAUCAAUCAUGAAGGCUGUGGCAAUAAUCCUUGCUCUGACAGUCAUCUCUGGCUGCCAUGCCCGCGCUGUGCGCCAGGCAGAGGCCCCCCAGAACCGCUGGGAGGAGAACGUUGAGCGCUUCUGGACCUACGUGUCUGAGCUCAACAGCAGAGCCGACGGACUGGUGGACAACCUCAAGGCCUCCCAGCUCAGCAGAGAACUCGACACCCUGAUCACUGACACUGUGGCUGAGCUGACCGUGUACAGGGAGGACAUCCAGACCAAGCUGGGGCCCUAUGCCCAAGACACAGCCGGCCUGCUGGGCCAGGACCUGCAGCUUCUGACCACCAAGCUCCAGACUGACAUGGUUGACGCCAAGGAGCGCAGCACACAGUACCUGGGAGAGCUCAAGACCAUGAUAGAGCAGAAUGCUGAUGAUGUCCACAACCGCGGCAACACCUACAUCCGCAAACUGAAGAAACGCCUUAACAAGGACACCGAGGAGAUCCGCAACACCGUAGCCACCUACCUGGGUGAGAUCCAGUCCCGUACCUCCCAAAACAUGGAUCUCGUGAAGGAGCGUGUGGAGCCCUACGUGAGUCAGGCCCACGACACCGCCGCCGAGAGGUUGGGCAGCUUCACUGACCUUCUGAAGAACCAGGCCCAGGACCUGAGCCAGCAGGUCUCCACCCAGGCCGAAGGCAUGCGCGAGCAGCUGGAGGCCACUGCCGAGGACCUGCGCACCACCCUGGAGGGCAAGAUCGAUGAGCUCAGCAGCCUGAUCGCUCCCUACGCCGCCAAGAUCCGUGAGCAGCUCCAGACCAUCAUGGACAAGGUCAAGGAGACCAAUGCCUAAAUGGACCCAGGGGAGGGAGGGGUUUGGAGGACCGGUGUCCCGCCACUACACCCCUGUUUAAGUAGGGGUGCAGGUUGUGAAGCACUGUGCCACCAUUCACCUAGAUACCACAGAGAGGAGGAGGGAGUGCUGUUUUCACUCUGUUGGCACUGUGUGUUUGGGGUGAGGGGGGUUGAUAGAGAGAGAGGGGUGAGGAAGACAGAGCUUUGAAUGGGUUUUGAGCAGACAAACACAGUCCUUUAUGUUUGUUUAGGCCUCAGAAAGGCAUUUACUGUUUAAAUCACUUCAAUCACUCUCUCGCUGUAUUAUCUCCUCAUCCCAGAACACAAGAGCCACACUCAAUACUGCCUUUCAUAAACACACAAGAGGCUAUUGUUUUUAACCUGCUUCGCUUGUCUUCCUCGUUAUAAGUGCUCUAGAUGUCUCCUCCAAAAUGUUCUACUAAUCUGCAUCAGGUUUCUAAGGCUACUAUAUGGGACACAAGGGGGGGUUGAAACAGUAUCUUCCAAUUGUAAGCCAAAUUGGCUGGGGCCCAUUCCAGCGCUGUCCCUGUCCUUCAUUUCAAUAACUGCACUGAACUAAGACUGGGCUUAUCUCCAGCACUAGCAUCAGUCUUUCCAGAACCAUUGGAGAAGAACCACUCUGUGCCUUGCUUGUCUAUGAUGCUGUAUCAACACCUGCUCUGUAGGCUCUGUAUUUGUUGUGAUUCAUAUAGAAGUGUAUUUACUAUGACUGUGAUAUGAUGCGAAUAUGACAAUCAAACUAAAAGGCAUACUUCACAGGGUCCAUAUACUACCUGUCUGUAUUAUUUCAGUUUGGCAAGAGUGUCUCUGCCACUUCACAAUGUAACAUGCCCAUGCUUCUCACCAUAGUACACUGUCCGUCUGGCUGACUGCAGUGUGCUACCCAGUGCUGCGUAAAUAAAAUAUGUAAAGAGAU